AUGUUAAGACCAAUAACAAGUCGCUCAACUAAUGUUCGAUCAUCUAUUCUACAAAAUGUUCACACAAGUAGUAAUACCUCUAUAUUACUUUCAACAAGAUCAAUAUCGUCCAAAAGUUUAACUUUCCAAAAUUUAUCUUCAUAUUCAAACCUUAAUAAUGAUUCUAACCAUGAUCCAUCUCAACUAUUUCCAUCACCGUCUCCUUCUUCUUCUUCUUCUUCUUCUUGUUCUUCCACAUCUUCCAAACCACAUAAUGCUUCUACUACGGUACCGGGGAUUUCUCUCAAUCCUCCAGAUAUGAACAAUAUAAAGAAUAAUAAUAAAUCAAAAUAUCUAGUGACUGAUGUAUUGAAUUCAAGAUUAAUGAAAAGGAAAAUAGAUAAACCAAACAAAAAUCCAUAUUUACCCAACUUCGAUACUUUUAAUAGAUCUCAUGCAUCGUCCAUUUCAUCCACCACUGAAAAGAGAGAUGUAAUGCAAUUGUGGUCCCUUUUGGAAGCAUGUCUUCAAUCAAAUUAUUUCGAUAGAGCAAAAUCUAUAUUAAAUUCUCUUUACAUGAUUAAUUCUCAUAGAAAAUAUUUCAUCGAUGAUUAUAAUCUAUAUUUGAAAAAAUUAUCCGAUUCAAAUAGAAAUAAUAUAAAUUUGGACCAAAUCUUAAUGGAUGAUUUGAAAACAAAAUUUAAAUCAAUUCAUUAUAAUGAUAGAACAUUAUCCAUCCUAAUUCAUCAUUCAUUAUCGUCAACUUCGAAUAAACAUGUAAAUAUUAAAACAUACUUAAAUAUGAAUAGAAACGGUAUAAAGGAAAUCUUAAAAAAUAUAGAUAUCUUAAACAUAAAUGAUUUCCAAAAAUUAUACAACGAUUUAAAGUUCAUUCAACAAACAGACAUCCCUCCAUCAAUAAGAUCAAUAUUGCAUCAAGAAUCCAUGAAAACAACAACAUCAAAUACUCCAAAUCCUACACAAUCAUCAGAACAACAGCAUGAAAUCGUUAGAUUGGAUAAUUCAGUAGAAUCUAUAAAGAAGCAAAAUACAGAAGAAUUAGUCGCGGUAGAUACAAUCGGUAUGAAAGUAAUCCGUCAUACCUUAUUAGGUUUAUCGUUGAAUGAAACACAACGGAAUUUAAUCUCAAAUUACAAUUUCGAACCAAAUGAAAACAUAAUGAACAACAACAAUCACACCACCGCAAGCAGGAAUGAUUUGGAUUUUUUCGAAAUUUAUAAAUCAUUAACGAACGAAUCUGAAAGAGAAACAUUCGAAUCUAUCCUUGAACAAUUCAAUAUCGAUAGACAACGUGCCCUAGAGAGUAGAGCUGCUGAUGCAGCAAAGGAACGUUGGAAACAUGAUUUUGAAGAAGCUAAAGAAAGAGGAGAUUUAUCCAUUAGGAAAAGUCUUAAUGUGAAAUUAUGGAAUUGGUAUGAAUUAAUGUUACCCAUUCUUAAGAAAGAAAUUGAAAAGGCUCAAUUGAAAUUAGAAAAACAAUCAAAAAUCUUUAAGAGUCAAGAUUUUGAUCCAUACCUUUUAUUAGUCAAUCCUGAGAAAAUGUGUGUCAUUACAAUCUUAGAAUUAUUGAAAUUAAACUCUACAGGUGGGGUCAUUGAAGGUAUGAGAACUGCAAGAGCAGUUAUAUCUGUGGGGAAAGCUAUUGAAAUGGAAUUCAGAUCUGAACAAUUAUUGAAAAAUGAAUCUAGCAUCUUCAAAGAUAUUAAUAAGAAAUCAGCUGAAUUUAAAAAAAUCGUCCAAAGGGCAAAAUCUAAUUUUAGAUCUACUCAAUUGGAAAAAUCUAAAAUAUUUUGGCCUCAAGCUGUUAGAGCUCAAAUUGGUUCUAUUUUAAUUUCGACUUUGAUCCAUGUAGCCAAGAUUGACGUCGAAGGGUUUGACCCCAUUACAAAGACAAAAGUUUAUGGUGAAGCCCCGGCUUUUGCUCAUAGUUAUCAAUAUUGUAAUGGUAUGAAAUUAGGUGUCAUUAAAAUUCAUAAAGCUUUAAUUAAUCAAUUGAACGGUGAAAGGCUUGUCGCCUCAGUACAACCACAAUUAUUACCUAUGUUAGUUGAACCAAGAGAAUGGAAGAACUGGAGAUCAGGUGGAUAUUUCUAUACUCAAUCCACAUUAAUUAGAUCCAAAGAGUCUCCUGAACAAUUAGCAUAUUUGAAAGCAGUCUCAGACAAAGAAGCAAUAGAUGACGUUUACAAUGGGUUGAAUGCUCUAGGUAAAACUGCAUGGACAGUCAACAAAAGAUUAUUUGAAAUUAUUUCCAAAGUUUGGAAUGAAGGUAUUGAAUUUUUAGAUAUUCCUCAAAUUCAAUAUGAUAUGCAAUUAAUCCCACCACCACCGAGAAAUUCAGAUCCUUCUAUCUUACGUGAAUGGAAAUUACAAAACAAAGAGAUUGCCAAUAAAAUAUCCAAAAAUAGAUCAAUUAGAUGUGAUACAAAUUAUAAAUUGGAAAUUGCAAGAGCUUUCCUUGGUGAAAAAUUUUAUUUCCCACAUAAUUUGGAUUUUAGAGGUAGAGCAUACCCUUUGUCACCACAUUUUAACCAUCUUGGUAAUGAUUUGAGUCGUGGGUUAUUAAUCUUUUGGAAGGGUAAAAAAUUAGGUCCUGAUGGGUUAUCAUGGUUAAAGAUUCAUUGUGCAAAUCUUUAUGGUAUGGAUAAAAUUCCAUUUACUGAAAGAAUUCAAUUUAUUGAAGAUCAUAUUGAAGAUGUUAAAGAUACAGCAGAAAACCCAUUAGAUGGUAAAGGAUGGUGGAAGAAGGCAGAUAAACCAUGGCAACUUCUUGCUACAUGUAUUGAAUUGAAUGAAGCACUAAAAUUGGACAAUCCAGAGGAUUUCAUUUCACAUCAACCUGUUCAUCAAGAUGGUACUUGUAAUGGACUACAACAUUAUGCUGCAUUAGGUGGUGAUGUAGAAGGUGCCACUCAAGUCAAUUUAAUUCCUAAUGAAAGACCUCAAGAUGUUUAUAGACAUGUAGCGAAUUUGGUUAAGAAAAGAUUAGAAAAAGCUGUUCUCGCAGGCGAUAAAAAGGCUGAAUUAUUAGUUGACAAAAUUACAAGGAAAGUGGUUAAACAACCAGUAAUGACAAAUGUUUAUGGUGUCACGUAUGUGGGGGCCACUUUCCAAAUUGAAAAACAAUUGUCUGAAUAUUUCCCCGAUCGUAAACAAUGUUUUGAUUUAUCUAAGUAUUUAACCUUCCAUGUCUUUGCUACAAUUAGAGAAUUAUUCCAUAGUGCUCAUUUGAUUCAAGAUUGGUUAGGUGAAUGUGCCAAAAGGAUUACUAAAUCUAUAAGGCUAGAUGUUGAUGGUAAAUCCUUUAAAAAUGGUAAUAAACCGGAUUUUAUGUCAUCAGUGAUUUGGACAACACCCCUGGGAUUGCCUAUUGUUCAACCAUAUCGUGAAGCUACAAAGAAACAAGUGAUGACUAAUUUACAAACAAUUUUCAUUAGUGAUCCAUUUGCCAUUAAUGGUGUCAAUGCAAGAAGGCAAAAAGCUGGGUUCCCACCAAACUUCAUUCAUUCAUUGGAUGCAUCACAUAUGUUAUUAUCUGCUAUUAAAUGUAAGGAAAAUGGUUUGGAAUUUGCAUCAGUUCAUGAUUCUUAUUGGACUCAUGCAUGUGAUGUGAAUAAGAUGAGUGUUUAUUUGAGAGAUGAAUUUAUUGAAUUACAUAAAGUCGAUUUAAUUGAAAGACUGAAAGAUGAAUUUGAUGAACGUUAUAAGGAUUAUGUUCAAAUUGUUAAGAUUGGUAAGACUACUGAACUUGCUAAUAAGAUAUUAAAAUGGAGGAAAGAACAAAGUGAGAAAUUAGGUAGACCUUUAACAUUAGCUGAUGAAAUUCAUAUGGAAAAGAAAAGACAAGAUAUGUUGAAUUCAGAAUCAGCUACUGUGAGAGCAAAGGGAAGUAAAUUAGUGACGAGUAUAUCACUUGUUGAAGAUGUUAAAGAGAUUGAUGAGUUGAAGCCUGUGACAGAAAGUAUGUCAGUAUUAGUUAUUGUUCCAUUAAAGCUACCAGAAAUUCCGUCAAAGGGUGAUUUUGAUGUCCAAAAUGUUAGAGAAAGUAAAUAUUUCUUUUCGUGA